UGUUCCACCAGAAUGACGUGGAUAGGAAAGGAAGUCUUCAAAGGAGAGCACAUGUAUUCCACCAGAAGGGCUGGGACAGAAAAGGAAGUGAACAUGUAUUUUACCAAUAUAUUCCAACUUACAAGAAAUGUUUAUGUAAUUCAAUUGUUUGAUGGAAAAGAUGGUGUGGAGGCGUGGGCCAAAGAACAACUUUUCUGCAGCACACCAGUAUUGGACCACAAAUGCUCAAGGACAAACUCCGAGAACAAAAAAAGAAAAAAGCAGCUAAAUACACCAAGGAAGCUUCUUCAGAAAAAUCCCUGGGAAACAUGGCGAACAAAAGAAACCGAACACAUGUUUGGAAAGAAAAAAAUAGUUCAGAAACAAGCAAAGGACAUUUCACAACGAAAUCUCAGAAAAUAUCCCGGGAAACUGACUACAGAACAAAGAUAUAAAGUUCAAAGAGACGUUGUAGGACAAAUCAUUGGGCGGCCCUGGCAAGAUUAUAAGAGGAGACCGGGUGGUAAACCUUCUUUACCCAAUUUGUCACGUGUUCUAAAACCCAGAAAUGAGCAGGCUAAGCAGGAUGCUCAACACAGACCUCAGCAGCCUACACAACCUGAGGUUCAACAGACUUCUCAACUUCAACAGGGUGGACAUGCUGAUCAACUCUUACCUGAACAGUCUGAGCAGGAUUCCGAAUCCAUAGACCAACAUACAACCCAUUUUGGUGCUGUUCAUCAUGACAUGUCACAGACUGAACAGGCUGCUGGGGAACGUGAAGCAUACAGUGCUGAUU